AUGCACAAUGCCUCCAAUGACUCCGUGCGAGUGGAGGACUGCGAGAGUCGUCAGUGGCUUCCCUCGGGCGAAAGUCCAGCUAUCAGCUCGGUGAUGUUCUCGGCUGGGGUUGUGGGGAACCUUAUCGCGCUGGCGCUGCUAGCGCGCCGUUGGCGCGGGGACACGGGAUGCAGUGCGGGCAGCAGAACCUCCAUCUCCUUGUUCCACGUGCUAGUGACAGAGCUGGUGCUCACCGACCUGCUUGGGACCUGCCUCAUCAGCCCCGUGGUGCUAGCUUCCUAUGCGCGGAACCAGACCCUGGUGGCCCUGGCUCCCAAAAGCCGCGUUUGUACCUAUUUCGCCUUCACUAUGACCUUCUUCAGUCUGGCCACGAUGCUCAUGCUCUUCGCCAUGGCCCUGGAGCGCUACCUCUCCAUCGGGCACCCUUACUUCUACCGACGUCGUUUCUCGCGUCGCGGGGGCCUGGCGGUACUGCCCGCCAUCUACGCGGUCUCCUUGCUCUUCUGUUCCCUGCCGCUGCUCAACUACGGGGAGUACGUCCAAUACUGUCCCGGGACGUGGUGCUUUAUCCGGCACGGGCGGACUGCAUACCUGCAGCUGUACGCCACGGUGCUGUUGCUGCUCAUCUUGGCGGUGCUCGCCUGCAACUUCAGCGUCAUCCUUAAUCUCGUCCGUAUGCACCGUCGGAGCAAAAGAAGCCGCUGUGGAUCAUCCAGCGGUGGCCCGGGGGGUCCUGGGUCACGCAGGAGAGGAGAAAGGACUUCGAUGGCAGAGGAGGCGGACCACCUCAUUCUCCUGGCCAUUAUGACCAUCACCUUCGCCAUCUGCUCCUUGCCUUUCACAAUCUUUGCUUAUAUGAAUGAAACCUCUUCCCGAAAGGAAAAGUUGGACCUCCAAGCUCUUAGAUUUUUAUCAAUCAACUCUAUAAUUGACCCUUGGGUCUUUGCCAUCCUUAGGCCACCGGUCCUGAGACUAAUGCGUUCAGUCCUCUGUUUUCGGACUUCAGUGAGAACGCAAGAAGCUUCACGGACUUCUUGUUCUACCCAGUCCAGUUCCAGCAAACAGACUGACCUUUGUGGACAGUUGUGA